GGCACACUUCAUUACUCAUAGGACGUCUCCCAAUAUUUCGAACAAUGCCAUUCAAGAGUGCUAUGAAAUUCUUAGAAAUACAAAAGCAGGAGAAUAAGAAAAACACAAGCAGGAAGGAAUUGAUUGUGCAUCGUCAUAUGUUCCCACGCACAGACAUGUCUUCAGUACUGCUGUUCAUUCUGAUUUUUUCAGGGUUCUGGACACUUUCCUUCACACAAACAGCUCUAAAAUGCCAGCGUGGCUGGUCACAAUUCGGAUUACGUUGCUUCAGGAUCUUUAUAACUUCAACAAGUUGGGGUGAUGCAGAGCAAAAUUGCAUGGUUAUGGGAGGGCAUCUUGCAUCUGUGCACAGCAUAGAGGAGUACAAUUUCAUCCAGGCUUUAGUCCUAAAUGCAUUUAAUUCAAAUGCACAAACAUGGUUAGGUGCCUCUGAUAUACGGGAGGAAGGCAUAUGGGAGUGGACUGACGGGUCAGCAUGGGACUACAUUAACUGGUCUGGUGGACAACCUGAUAAUGAUUUAAACAUCGAGAACUGUUUGAUGAUGAAUUUCCCAGUUUGUUGGAAUGACGCAAACUGCGCAAACCUCAUGCCAUCAGCAUGUGCUAAGGCAGCCAUCCCAGCUAAGACCUUAUCAGGUCAAACAGAGCCUGAUGGACAGAGGAAUGCCAGCCAGUGCUACACUUCGAUUGCAAAAGAUUUCCAAGAAGCCAACAUAGACUGUGGCAUUUGUUCAAACAUUAGAGCUUGAAUUUCAUAAUUAGGAAUAAGACACUGAAAACAGACUCAUGCACUGUAGAGUAUAGCCAAAAGUUUGUGGACACCUAGCUCUAACACCCAUAUAUGCUCAUUUGCUAUUAUAAUAACCCCCACUCUUCACAAUUUUGGCGAAGGUGGGGAUUUAUUUGCUCAGCCAAAAGAGCAUUAAUUUGGUCAGGCCCUGAUGUUGGGAGAGGAGGCCUGGGGCUCAGACAGUUCAUCCCAAAGGUGUUCAGUGAGGCUCAGCUUAGGGCUCUGUGCUGGACAAUCGAGUUCUUCCUCUCCUCCAAACCGUGUCUUUAUGGAGGUCACUUUGUGUAGAAGGGCAUUGGCACGUUGAAAUGGUUUUGGGUCUCUUAGUUCCAGUGAAUGGAAACAGUAACGCUACAGCAAACAAAGUCGUUUAACUUAAUUGUUUUGCCUCCAACUUUGCAGCAACAGUUUUGGGAUGAGCCACAUAGAGGUGUGUUGGUCAAGUGUCUACAAACCUAUGGCCGUAUUGUGCAAAGUAUAUUGUGUAUAAUUAUAUUGUGUUUAUAUAUAUGCUGUAUAUUAGAAGAAGUAU